GUGAUGAUUAUUAGUAAACUGAUUCCCUUCUCUCCCCAGAUUCUUUUCUUCUUCAAUUCUUCAGGUACCACUCUCUCUCUCUCUCUGAAGUGAGCAAGUAAAGGAAGAACUGUAAAAUCUUGCGAUGGGGUCGUGCCUUUCCACGGGAAGCUCUGACAAGUCUAAUUUUACAACACCGCCGCUCGUUACUCCACUACAGCUCAGAGAAAGUUCAGAUUUGAUUGAUAUUCAAGCUGCUCGCCGAUCUUGUGAGUAUGUCGACAGUUCGGAAUCAGCAUCGGAGCUUCCCGAUCUCAGAAUUGAACAAUCUUCACCUGAUAGCCUUGAGUUUCUGGAGCCUACAAAUAUUGAGCCUACUCCUACUGAAGACACUGCAGUUGAUAGCGUUGAGGAGCUUCCGACUUCUGAGCGUUCUCCAAUCAUAGAGAAAUGCCAGUAUCGGCCGAGGAUCUUUACAUACGAUGAAAUGGGAAUAGCAACAGGUUAUUUCUCACAUGUUCACCUCCUUGGGGAGGGUGGUUUUGCUCAUGUCUAUAAGGGAGUCCUUCGAAAUACUGGAGAAGUUGUUGCUAUUAAGAAAUUCAAAUAUAGGGAUGGACAGAGGGAAGAUGAAUUUGAGAAAGAAAUUAAGGCUAUUAGCAGUGUGCGUCAUCGAAAUCUCGUCAAGCUUAUUGGCUACUGCAUUAACGGACCAGAUAGAUUGCUAGUUUUAGAGUUUGUUCCCAACAAUUCCUUGAAAACUCAUUUACAUGGAAAGAAAACACCAACUUUGGAGUGGCCAAAACGAAUAAAUAUUGCCAUAGGCUCUGCGAAGGGGUUGGAAUAUCUACACGAAGACUGUAAUCCUAAGAUCAUACACCGGGACAUUAAAGCAGAUAACAUUCUUCUUGAUGCUGACUUUAAACCAAAGGUUGCAGAUUUUGGUCUUGUCAAGUUCUUUCCCGAAAGUGUUAGUGUUACUCACAUCUCCAGUCUGUGUAGGGGAACUCAUGGAUAUGCGGAUCUUGAGCAUUAUCCUUCUCAGAAGGUUUCUGAUAAAUCGGAUGUCUAUUCCUUUGGAGUUGUCCUUCUAGAGCUGAUAACUGGGAGACAACCAAUUGAAUUUAGGAGGAAUGCACGUAUAGUUGAUUGGGCUAGGCUUCUGAUUAGCCAUGCUUUGAGAUCUGGUGAUUAUUUGUCUCUUCUUGAUCCAAAACUGAAAGGGAACUGCGAUAAAAAUGAAGUGGAGCGAAUGAUUCAUUGCGCUGUUGCUUGUGUAUAUAAACCCUCAGAGAGACGGCCAAAAAUGAAACAGAUAGUUCAAGCUCUUGAAGGGAAUAUGCCUUUGAAGGAUAUAUGGGAUGUGAAUGACAUUGCUUUCUUGCGCGAUUUCCCAUGUCAAAAUUCACUGCUCCAGCAAAGGUUGUUGGAGCUGCCUAUCACUAUAAUUGAGGACAGUGAUUACGAAACGCUUCAAGAUUAUCAGCCAAAGGGAUUUACUUUUCAAGAACUAGAAGUGGCAUCUGAUGGUUUCUCCAAUGCCAACCUACUUAAGGAGGGUGAUUUUUUCCAAGUCUAUGAGGGAGUCCUUCCAAGUGGUGAAAGGGUGGCAAUUAAAAAUCUAAAAUUUUGUACUGAACUGCAAGAAGAUGAAUUUGAGAAGGAGAUUAAGGCCAUUAACAGCGUGCGCCACAAAAAUCUUGUUAAGCUGGUUGGAUAUUGCAUUGAUGGAGACAAGAGGUUGCUUAUUUUUGAAUUUGUUCCGAACAAAACCUUGAAAUCUCAGUUACAUGGGGAUGGUAUAUCACCUUUGGACUGGACAACCAGAAUGAAAAUCGCCAGAGGCUCUGCAAGAGGUUUGAAAUAUUUGCAUGAAGACUGUAAUCCGAGGAUCAUACACCGACAUAUUGAUGCGAAUCACAUUCUUCUUGAUGAUAAUUGUGAACCAAAGCUUGCAGAUUUUGCAAAUGCCAAGUUUUUCCCAGAUUCUGUUACACAUCUAUUCACCGACGUUAGGGGAACUUCUGGUUAUAUAGCUCCUGAAUAUGCCGAUACAAGGAUGUUGACUGAUAAGUCCGAUGUCUAUUCGUAUGGUGUUUUGCUCCUGGAGUUGAUUACUGGGAAACAACCUGAUGAUGAUCAUACUGACAUAGUUGGCUGGGUGGUGCCUCAGCUGGACGAAGGGAACUAUGAUUUUCUAGUUGACCCCAAUUUGCAGGAAUACGACCCCGAGCAAAUGAGGCAACUGAUUAUUUGUGCUGCAGCCUGUGUACGUAAGGAUCCAGACAGUCGGCCAAAAAUGAGUCAGAUAGUUAGGGUUCUAGAAGGAGCUACUCCUGUUGCGAAUGACCUCUAGGACUGGAAGAACUGCAGGGCCAUGGACAUUGAAGCGCCUGAAAUAAUUUCUGCAGGAUGCUCCGGCUCCAUGCCUUUUUAUUGUUUCUUGUUAAUCUUUGCCUUUUAUUGUUUCUUGUUAAUCUUUAACCACGAAAUAUUGUUGGAUGACUUUUGUUAGAAAGCAGGAAACACAAUAUAAGAAAAAAUUCUUAAAGAGAGAAGAAUUAUCACAGAUUUA